AUGACCAAGGAUACUAUUGACACAUCACAGUGGAAGAUUGACAAGACUUACCUCUACGAAAGUUACUAUAUCUUAAUGAUUGAGGCAAUGUUUCGCAGUGAUCUUAUCGAAUUAUCUCGGAACAGCACCGCCAAAAUACUUUCGAUUGGUCUUGGAGGUGGAACAAUUGAUAGCUUUUUGCAUGAAGUCUUUCCACAGAUGGACAUCACUGUAGUCGAAAUUAGCCGCCGAAUACUAGACAUGGCCAAGAAAUGGUUUGGUUUGGUGGAAGAUGAUCACCACCGUGUCGAGAUUGUCGAUGGAAUUACAUUUUUGGCGGAGAAAGCUAAAAUAGGACGUAUGAGAAAUAUUCAGCCUUCCAUUCCAGGAGAUCACUAUGACGCAAUCCUAGUUGACGCGUGCCCAGCAGAGCCUGUGGAAGGAAUUAAGUGUCCUUCAAGAUCAUUUUAUAGCGAACGCGUCUUAGAAGAUAUUGCUAAGUUGCUUCCAGCAAAAGGUAAGUUUGGUUCUUAACA